AACGCUUCCGUGCACUCGGUCAAAAGAAAACCUUACGUGCCGUGAAAUCCAUGCAGGUAUGAUUAGACUUUGUAUCAGGGUCAAAAGAUUAUUGACACAAAGCACGACAGAUAAUAUUCACCUGACGGCAUAGGCACAUGACUCCCCCAAAAUGAAAACCAACAUGGCGACUGUGGAGUGUACAACCGCCCAUUGGCGGGCUACGGUUGCGUUAGCUACAAUUCUACUGCAGUUUCUGGUCUUGGCGAGCCUUGCGAGUCAAGGCACAUGCCAGAUUACUCUUGCUACGCCAUCGGCAGUCACAACCAAAAGGCCGACUCUUGUUGUACCCACAAUACCUCCUGUAACGCAUGCAACUGCCCAGACGGUAGGACCAACCAAGCAUACCGCCCACACCGUAGCUCCGGCCCAUCCAACAGCCGGAAUUCUCUGUGGGGACUACAGGACUGCCGAUUUUGACUUCAGCCAACUUGUAAGUGUCGAGUACUGGACUGUAGAUUUGCAAGGGGCGUGUAUCGACAGUUACGAUACGAAGACCCUCUGCACGCUCAGUUUUGCAUUCUGCCAUCAGCUGCCCACGAGUUUGGUGGGGAAAAUCGGCGUAGGAGCAUCGCAGAAGUCGGAGGCAGCUCUCAGCGAAAGAAUAACACUGGGAGGACUAAGUGAAAUCUCUCAAAGCAAAGGCGACCAGGGGGAUCAACUGUUCAUUCGAUUCAGCAAUGGAGAUCGCACGAUAUGUGGCGGCGAGGAGAAGAAUAUAACGGUUGAGAUGUAUCUGCAUUGUAACCCAGACGUCCAUUGGUUGACGCCCCACACCGGAAACUCGGGGUCAAUGCCCGCCCUGACCAUACCGUCUUGGAACAAGGACACAUGCCUGUAUACAGUAGUAAGUCAGUAUGACGGUGCAUGUAUCUCAUAUGGACUGAGUGCAGGGACGAUCAUCAUUAUCAUCUUUUUCUGUUUGGUUGCCGUGUACCUCAUCGGCGGCGUCAUCUAUAACAAGAUAGCGGGCGCAAAAGGCUUGGAGCUAAUUCCAAACUACCACAUGUGGAGGAUGUUUCCCAUUGACGUCAUGGGUGGUUUUGCGUUUGUGUGGCAUAUCAUCACUUGUCAGGGAAAGUCGAAAUCGGAGGUGUACGACGAACUCUAAAGACGUACGGCUCGUCGCGUGGCAGUGUCGCUUGAAAUGGCGAUGUACUUUGCUUCAUAUGUCAUUAAAGGUGACUUCGCUAAUGCCCAUCGCCCUAUCUAGAUCGAACGAGUAGGCCCCGCCCCGAAAUGUUUUGACCAAUUAUAGUAGCCUUGAUUAAUGUCCAAGAUGCGUGCACAUGGCGUGUUCACGCGCGUCUAGUCUAUCCGCGUAUGCAUAGGCUAGAACUUAAAUAAGUUCUAUCUAUGCGCGUAUGAUGUGUUGUCACGUGCGCAGUGGGCGGGGCUUACUAUUAAAGGUCACCACCGCUUUUGAUAGGGCGUUGUGCACGAGCGAAUGAGGUGACAUCAUUAUUAAGAGGCAAAUGGGACAACCCUUUAAGAUGUUUUAUACUUUAAUAACAGUCAACACGACUGUACAGGAAAAUGAUAAGUUUAUCACACCCAAAAUAAAGUCAGAAAUAAUAUGCCCACUAAGUAUUACUUUUGUUAAAUAUAAUUUUUAAGACAGCGGCAAAACAUCUUUUGAUUAAUUACCAUAAACAACUGGUGCAUUAUCUUUGUAUACAUAGCGUGUGAUUGGCUAGCUUUUUUUCUAGAAAACAAAUUAAUCAAAGACAGCAAGCCUGAUUUGAAUUCCAUGAAAAAUAAUCACCAAGUACUUUUAAAGAAAAUGUUCACCAAAAUAUAUAAAUUGAAAUUAAUGUUUACACAGUUUUUUGUUGUAGAAGGCUGGCCCAGUAUUCUCUUUGUACCUAUAUCCGACUGGCCGACUGUCACUUGUUAGCCGGGCAGUUCUAUCGUAUAGGAGUACCCCGUCUCGCCAAUGAAUGAGCGAAAUCCGGCCCAUAGAUCAUGUGCAACAAAAAAGACUUACAGUGAAUAGUCAUUCUGAAUCAAUACAAUAGAUUAAUUGUGUACACAACAGGGUGAGUAAAACAAAAAGGAAACCCAAAUGGCAGGACCAUUUUCUGAAUGAAGUUCUGCAUGUAUCACUUUCAAAAUCUAGGAUAAGAAAGCCC